UUGAUUCUUCAAAAGUGUUCACACAGUCCCAGGAAUCCACAUCAACCCAAUCUCCUUCCAUGUCAAGCUCAGGUAAACCAACAGAGGCUUCCACAGCCUCUUUCACAGAGCAGGGUAGUGGUGACUUGACAAUAGACUCUACAGCUGAGGCUGAAGGGACAGAGGAGGAGAGUUCAGGUGAAGACAUCUCAGACGUGUCUACUAAGCAACCUGCAAGCACAACUGCUCCUCUCCUGUCUAGUCCAGCAACAACAAAGGAAGAAUUUACCACAUUGUCUGUCAGCAGUGACACCACCCUUGAAACAGCUGUUGAUGUUGAUGUAACUCUAUCAUCUGGCACAACUGCAGAGGUACCUAAGGUUAUUUCUAGCACAGCUCAGACCCCAGAAAGUGAGGUGACAGAAAGAGAAAAAAGCAGUACAGAGAAACUCUCAGUUGCUUUCAUUUCAGAUUUAACACUCACAGACGAUGAAAGCUCAGGUGACCAGACCCCUGAUAUAUGUACCAAAGAGUAUUUUACUGCAACAGUUUCUCCUGUAUACAGCACAAUCAAAGCAGAACAAAUGGCAUUCAUGACUAAAGUUUCUUCUCUGUUCAGCACUGAGAAGCCAAAACAAAUAGCGACCACAGUGUCACAGGACACUGCAACAGCGGAGUUGAAAAUGACUGCUGCUGCUACUACAGGUUCUUCUCUACAUAGCACAGAGAAAACUGCUCAUUUUGAGACUACCAUCCUAGAAGAGGAGAGCUCAGGAGAUCAGACUCCUGAUAUGUUUACUACUCAGUCAGCUGCCACCCCUCUUUCUCCACUGUAUAGCACAGUCAGACCAGAACAGCCAGAGUUGCCAUCAAGCUCAGAAAUGCCAUCAGUUCUUCCCAUUAUUGAUGAAACAGAGACACGCGCCGUCCUCACUUCAGAAGUGGAUGGAAUGUCAAGUGGUUCAACAAUUGAAAUGUUCACCAAGGAGUCUGAAUCAACAACUGCAUCCACAUCAGAGUCAGUUAGUACUUACACUACAUCAAGACCAACAGUAACCUCAAGUUCAAUCUUGACCCUUACAGAGGAAGAUGGUUCCGGUGACCAGGCCCCUGAUAUGUUUAGCAAGGUGCCAACCUCAACGAUUGAGUUUGUCAGUAGUUCUACCACUCCAUAUACAUUGACUGGACAGGUGACGGAACAAACCAGUGGAUCAACACAGGUUAUCCACAGCACCUCUACACCCAUAGACAUGGAGGGAUUUGGAAUCUCAACAACAGAGGAUGACAUGGAUGGAUUUGGAAACUCAACAACAGAGGGUGAGCAAAAGACAAGUCAAGCUGAAGGGUUUGUUGAGGAGGUACCAGUGGAGACCACCACUAAACCACAGGACCAGUUCACUGCAGCAACUGAUGAGACCGAAAUCAGAGAGUCUGAGAGCACAUCUAAGACUCCAAGUGUUGAUUCUUCAAAAGUGUUCACACAGUCCCAGGAAUCCACAUCAACCCAAUCUCAUCUCUCCACUAGCACAGCUGAGACAAUAGAAUCAUCCAGUGCUUCAUUGUCUGAGCAAGGAAGUGGAGACUUCACAGAACCGUCUAGUUCAGAAAGUGAGGCCACAGAGGAUGAGAGUUCAGGUGAUGACACAUCUGCUGUUACAACAGCCCCACUGCAAACUACAUCAUCUUCAACAGACUCAGUGUUUACAAAAUCAGUAAGCACUGAGGUAACUGAUGGAACCAAGGGGGUUGAACAGACAGAAGAACCAACAGGCACCGAGGGAUCUUCAGAUGGCCCUGUCUCUAGUGUGACAUCCUCAAUGGUCACAUUCAAAGACGAGGAGAGCUCUGGCGACCUGACACGUGAUAUGUGUACCAAGGAAUCUACUACAGCAUCAUCACUAGGGUCAGAAGCUGUUAUGACCACAUCUUCUUCCUCAGUCAUCAGCAGUGACCAAUUCCAAUUCACAACUUUAGGAACAGUCAUCACACCCACAGAAGAAAUAGAUGAAACACACAUAGACACUCCCACUGUAGCAGUUGAAACUUUGGAGCAUUCUGUGGACCAAACAACUGGACUAGCAAGCACAUCAAAACCAUUUGUCACUUCCUUCACUUACGUAGACAUGGGGGGCUCGGGAAUCUCACCAACAGAUGAUGACCAGGAGACAAGUCAAGCUGAAGGGUCAGGUGAAGAGGUACCAGUGGAGACCACCACUAAACCACAGGACCAGUUCACUGUAGCCACAGAUGAGACCGAAAUCAGAGAGACUGAGAGCACAUCUAAGACUCCAAGUGUUGAUUCUUCAAAAGUGUUCACACAGUCCCAGGAAUCCACAUCAACCCAAUCUCCUUCCAUGUCAAGCUCAGGUAAACCAACAGAGGCUUCCACGGCCUCUUUCACAGAGCAGGGUAGUGGUGACUUGACAAUAGACUCUACAGCUGAGGCUGAAGGGACAGAGGAGGAGAGUUCAGGUGAAGACAUCUCAGACGUGUCUACUAAGCAACCUGCAAGCACAACUGCUCCUCUCCUGUCUAGUCCAGCAACAACAAAGGAAGAAUUUACCACAUUGUCUGUCAGCAGUGACACCACCCUUGAAACAGCUGUUGAUGUUGAUGUAACUCUAUCAUCUGGCACAACUGCAGAGGUACCUAAGGUUAUUUCUAGCACAGCUCAGACCCCAGAAAGUGAGGUGACAGAAAGAGAAAAAAGCAGUACAGAGAAACUCUCAGUUGCUUUCAUUUCAGAUUUAACACUCACAGACGAUGAAAGCUCAGGUGACCAGACCUCUGCUAUAUUUAUCAAAGAGUCUGUUACGGCAACGGUUUCUUCUGUAUACAGCACAAUCAAAGCAGAACAAAUGACAUUCAUGACUAAAGUUUAUUCUCUGUUCAGCACUGAGAAGCCAAAACAAAGAGCGACCACAGUGUCACAGGACACUGCAACAGCGGAGUUGAAAAUGACUGCUGCUGCUACUACAGGUUCUUCUCUACAUAGCACAGAGAAAACUGCUCAUUUUGAGACUACCAUCCUAGAAGAGGAGAGCUCAGGAGAUCAGACUCCUGAUAUGUUUACUACUCAGUCAGCUGCCACCCCUCUUUCUCCACUGUAUAGCACAGUCAGACCAGAACAGCCAGAGUUGCCAUCAAGCUCAGAAAUGCCAUCAGUUGUUCCCAUUAUUGAUGAAACAGAGACACGCGCCGUCCUCACUUCAGAAGUGGAUGGAAUGUCAAGUGGUUCAACUAUUGAGAUGUUCAUCAAGGAGUCUGAUGCAACAACUGCAUCCACAUCAGAGUCAGUUAGUACUUACACUACAUCAAGACCAACAGUAACCUCAAGUUCAAUCUUGACCCUUACAGAGGAAGAUGGUUCCGGUGACCAGGCCCCUGAUAUGUUUAGCAAGGUGCCAACCUCAACAAUUGAGUUUGUCAGUAGUUCUACCACUCCUUAUACAUUGACUGGACAGGUGACGGAACAAACCAGUGGAUCAACACAGGUUACCCACAGGACCUCUACACCCAUAGACAUGGAGGGAUUUGGAAUCUCAACAACAGAGGAUGACAUGGAUGGAUUUGGAAACUCAACAACAGUGGGUGAGCAAAAGACAAGUCAAGCUGAAGGGUUUGUUGAGGAGGUACCAGUGGAGACCACCACUAAACCACAGGACCAGUUCACUGCAGGAACUGAUGAGACCGAAAUCAGAGAGACUGAGAGCACAUCUAAGACUCCAAGUGUUGAUUCUUCAAAAGUGUUCACACAGUCCCAGGAAUCCACAUCAACCCAAUCUCAUCUCUCCACUAGCACAGCUGAGACAAUAGAAUCAUCCAGUGCUUCAUUGUCUGAGCAAGGAAGUGGAGACUUCACAGAACCGUCUAGUUCAGAAAGUGAGGCCACAGAGGAUGAGAGUUCAGGUGAUGACACAUCUGCUGUUACAACAGCCCCACUGCAAACUACAUCAUCUUCAACAGACUCAGUGUUUACAAAAUCAGUAAGCACUGAGGUAACUGAUGGAACCAAGGGGGUUGAACAGACAGAAGAACCAACAGGCACCGAGGGAUCUUCAGAUGGCCCUGUCUCUAGUGUGACAUCCUCAAUGGUCACAUUCAAAGACGAGGAGAGCUCUGGCGACCUGACACCUGAUAUGUGUACCAAGGAAUCUACUACAGCAUCAUCACUAGGGUCAGAAGCUGUUAUGACCACAUCUUCUUCCUCAGUCAUCAGCAGUGACCAAUUCCAAUUCACAACUUUAGGAACAGUCAUCACACCCACAGAAGAAAUAGAUGAAACACACAUAGACACUCCCACUGUAGCAUUUGAAACUUUGGAGCAUUCUGUGGACCAAACAACUGGACUAGCAAGCACAUCAAAACCAUUUGUCACUUCCUUCACUUACGUAGACAUGGGGGGCUCGGGAAUCUCACCAACAGAUGAUGACCAGGAGACAAGUCAAGCUGAAGGGUCAGGUGAAGAGGUACCAGUGGAGACCACCACUAAACCACAGGACCAGUUCACUGUAGCAACCGAUGAGACCGAAAUCAGAGAGACUGAGAGCACAUCUGAGACUCCAAGUGUUGAAUCUUCAACAAAAGAGUUCACACAGUCCCAGGAAUCCACAUCAACCCAAUCUCCUUCCAUGUCAAGCUCAGGUAAACCAACAGAGGCUUCCACGGCCUCUUUCACAGAGCAGGGUAGUGGUGACUUGACAAUAGACUCUACAGCUGAGGCUGAAGGGACAGAGGAGGAGAGUUCAGGUGAAGACAUCUCAGACGUGUCUACUAAGCAACCUGCAAGCACAACUGCUCCUCUCCUGUCUAGUCCAGCAACAACAAAGGAAGAAUUUACCACAUUGUCUGUCAGCAGUGACACCACUCUUGAAACAGCUGUUGAUGUUGAUGUAACUCUAUCAUCUGGCACAACUGCAGAGGUACCUAAGGUUAUAUCUAGCACAGCUCAGACCCCAGAAAGUGAAGUGACAGAAAAAGCAACAAACAGCACGGAGAAAUCCUUAGUUGCUUUCAUUUCAGAUAUAACACUCACAGACGAUGAAAGCUCAGGUGCCCAGACCCCUGAUAUGUUUACCAAAGAGUCUGUUACUGCAAUGGUUUCUUCUGUAUACAUCACAGUCAAAGCAGAACAAAUGACAUCCACGACUAAAGUUUCUUCUCUGUUCAGCACCAAGACACCAAGACCGGUAAUGACUACAGCAUCACAUGAAACUGCAACAGCUGAGACAUCAAAACUUACAAUCACUGCAGCUUCUUCUCUAUAUAGCACUGAGAAACCUACGACAAUGUCAGAAGGAACUGCAACAGCAGAGAGUGAAAAGACUGCCACAACUACAGCAACUUCUCUGUUCAGCACUGAUAAACCAGGACAAAUUGUGACGACAGCGUCACAUGAAACUGCAACAGCUGAGAAUGCAAGAAGUGCUACAACUUCAGCUUCUUCUUUGUAUAGUAUUGAGAAUCCAUCAGUUGCUUCCAUUUCAGAUUUAACCUCCACAGAUGAAGAGAGCUCUGGGGACCAGACCCCCGAUAUGUUUAAAAUAGAGUCUGCCACUGCAAUUGUUUCUUCAUUGUACAGCACUGUGAAAGCAGUGACAACCACAACAAUGCCACAUGUAAAGACCACAGGAGAGAGCGAAGUUACAAAAGAAACAGAGAAAACAUCAGGCACAGAACAACUUGUUGUUACCGUCACUGUUACACCAUCCACUUUGCCAGAUAUUGAAGACGUGGUGGACUAUGACGAUAGUGCAGGGCCUUCACUGGUUCAAUCUAUAUCUUCUUCACCCACUCAAACUACCACAAAACCUGAAAGAGAACCUACCAUAGUCAGUGUUGCUCCUGACCCAGAUGACGAGAGCUCAGGUGAUCAGACCUCUGACAUGUUCACCAAAGAGUCUGUCACUGCGACAGUGUCCUCUCUUUUCAGUACUGUCAAAACAGAACAGGUAUUGACCACAGCAAUGUCAACAACAGCACAAGAUUCUCAGUCUUCCAAGUCACCUCACUCUGACUACACUAGUCCCAAGACAUCUGGUGUCGAUGAGGAAACCAAAUGGAUGUCAUUCACAACCACACAACAACCAUCAACAGUGAGAGAUACAUUCAGUGAGGCAACAGGCCAAACAGAAUCCAUUGUGACAAGCACACCAGGCCCAGAUGACAAGGGUCAUGUCAGCCCAGAUACAGAAACCACCGUCAGUCCAGAUGUUACACAGCCCCCUGUUACUGUGAGUGAUCGCACAACUAUGAGUGACCGUACAACACACCGAUUCCAUAUAACCGAAAGAGACCAUACUACGACAAGAGCCCAUACAACAGUAGGUGAUCAUUCAUCUGAUGGAGACCACACAGUAGCAAGAGACCACACAACUGUCAGAGACCAUACAACAGUGCCUUUUAGAUCACAGUCAUCCACAGUCACUGCUCUCCCCUCUAUUAUCUACCAGGGUGUUACUGACCAGCAGGUUAUGAUAGUCACCUCAACAAGCAGCCAAACCAAGACUGACCAGACCCCCACCAUGGUGCUGCACGGUACGAAACCAUCGACAAGCACAGUUAUCAUAUUUACAGAGGAGGCCGGAGAUGAGGACACACUGUUCUCCACUGUCACAGACAGCAUGACCACAACCCCUGAGAUUAUCACUAAAGAUGAAACCAUCAUUGACGCUGAUACUGUGGCAAUGGUUGACCUCUCCUCACCGCUCUACCCCACCAUCGUUACAGAGGAAGCAGGGGGAGUCACAGCCAUUACCAUGACACCACAGUCCUCAAUUGCAAUGACAGAGGAACCUGAAGGGUCUGGGACAGAUGUCUAUUUGUCUUCCACAAUUGACUCACUGAGUCUGGCUACAACACAAAUCCCAUCAGUCACCUCUGUAGAUAUAUCUGCAGAGGCAAGUGCUGAGACAACAAGCAGGUCUGCAAAAGUUAAACAUUCAGAGACUGUGAGAACGACCACCUUGUCAUCUGUAGGGGAUGUUUUUAGUGAGGCGUCUACUUCAGUGGUUGUGUCCUCUAAAGCUCAAACCACCCAAGCCAGAGCACUGUCCACGGAGUCCAGCUCUCAGACGGCCUUCACCACACCAUAUGUGUUUGUUGAUGAGUUCUCCGGAGAUGAUGUCACUGGUGAGGAGUCUGAUGCAGAGCCUACUCCUUCUGCCCCUGUAUCAACCCAAGCAUCAACUCUCCCCAUAGAUACAAGCUCACAGACCACAGUUAGCAGUGAGGAAGAUGAAUUCCCGACAGAUGCAAUGGAAUUAUCCACCACCCCUUCUCCUACUACUGUUAAAGCUACAGUAGAAGACACAUCUGAUGAGGAUUCUGAAAUGGAGACCACAACAACUUUAUCUAAUUCCACCCAAGCCACCAAGCUGUCUGCCACUACUACACAGAAGAUGCCAGUGUCCACUGAGGAAGACAAAGAGACUGUGAAACCAACCAGCCCAUUGCCUGUUGAUGAGUCUUCAGGAGAUGACGACUCUGAAGGCUCUGGAUCUGAGACCUUCACCUCUGUAGUGGAGCCCUCCCAAACCACAACCCCCACCCCAGAAACAAGCUCAACAUCUGCUAAGCAGGGUGAAGCGAUAGAGAUUACCACUCUAGUACCUUCAUCCUUAGAGGAGGGCAUCUCUGGGGAUGACAUGAAGACUUCGACUCCCAAACCCUUUGAAGCCACAUCCUCCCUGUAUAGCAAAGAUAAACCAUUGGUUGCUUCUAUUUCGGAGUUAACCUCCACAGAUGAAGAAAGCUCUGGUGACCCAACCCCUGAAACGUUUACCAAAGAGUCUGUUAUUGUAAAUGAACAAAUGACAUCCACAACUACAGUUUCUUCUCUGUUCAGCACUGAGAAACCAGGACAAGUAACAACAACGUCACAUGAAACUGUGACAGAUGAGACUGCAAGGACUGCUACAACUUCAGCUUCUUCUCUGUACAGCACUGAGAAACCUUCACUUGCUUCAAUUUCAGAUAUAACCUCCACAGACGAAGAGAGCUCUGUUGACCAGACCACUGAUAUGUUUCCCAAAGCGUCUAAAACUACUACAGUUUCUCCAUUUGACAGCACUGUCAAAAUGGAGCAGGUAACAGCCACAACAAUGUCACCUGAAAAAGCAACAGCAGAGAUUGAAAAGACUACAACUACUACAGGUUUGUCUCUGUUUAGCACAGAGAAAACAAAGAAAGCUUCCUCCCAGCCAAGUUUGUCUGUCCAUUCCACUGUUGCGCCAUCUGCAAUGCCAGAUGUGGUAGAACAUUUUGUCACCACUUUUGUCCCCAAGGUGGACGUGACAAAACCUGAAGAAUCUUUCCAACAGGCUAGGUCUGAAAUUGCAUUUACCCAACAUCCUCUCACUGAUCUCUCUUCUGAAGAAACUGCAGAGGCCACCACAAGUCCCAUGUUGCCUGAGGUAGAUUCAAGGGACUCCAUUGACACUGUAACAACAUCUGCACAGGGCUCAGAAUCACCUUUUGUCCCAAUGGUUUCUACAGCAAUACCAUCUACAUCAGAAGUUAAAGGUUUAAGCCAGGUACCUAGAACAGAGGGAGUUUCGACUGAUAUAGAGGACAGCUCAGAACAAGACAGUGAGGUUGAAGGGACUUCCACUCCCACCAGUUUCUCUAUAAAGGAGGAAGUGACUGGGGAUACUGUUACUUCUCAAGUCGAGGAGAUCGUCACUGCAGUGUACGGUACACCUGCUACCGCUACUGUCACAACUAUUUUCCCAGACAUUUAUCAAGAAGUGGACUAUGAGAAUAUUUCAAAUCUGUCACAGGCUGAAUCUAAACCUGCUGUUCAAACAACCACAAAACCUGAGGGAGAACCUGCAACUGUCAGCACUGCCCCUGACACAAGUUCAGUCCUCACCUCUAUCGCCGAAGAGAGCUCAGGUGACCAGAUUCCUGGUAUGUUUACCAAAGAGUAUGCAACUACAACUUCUACAGUUUCCUUUCUGUUUAGCACAGAGAAACCCACAACAAUCUCACAUGAAUCUGUAAAAGCAGAGAGUGAAGUCACAGAGGAAACAGAGGGACCAUUAGGCUCAGAAAAGCCAUCAGUUAGUCCUGCUGUUGAUGAGGCAGAGACAAAACCAGUUCUGUCCUCUACAGAUGAGGAGAGUACAGGUGACCAUACCACUGAUAUGUCUGUCACUACAGCAGUUUCUUCUGUACACAGCACUGUCAAAGCAGAACAAAUGACAACCACAGUAAUGCCACAUGUGAUGUCAACAACAACGUCACCAGAAGAGACUGCAGCCAUUGAUCCGACAGAAACACCAACAGACUCAAAGGAGUUAGCAACUCCUGGUGUUGAUGACACAGAAACAGGUCCUACAGAUGAAGAGAGUUCUGGAGAUGAGACAAGUCCGAUGACCACCCAGGAGUCUCCUGUAACAGAAGCUCAUUUGCACAGUAGCACAGCCAAGCCAUUGCAGACAUCAACAUCACCAGUCUAUGAAUCCGUGGCUGACCUUACCUCUCCUGAAACAACUGCUGAUAGUGAAGAAACUAAACAGACAGACAUAACAAACACAGGACAGCCAUCAGGUGUUCCCAGUUCAGUGAAAAGCACAGUGAUCUCAGUCCUACCUGAUAACGAUGAGGAGAGCUCAGGUGACCAAACCCCUGAUAUGUUUACCAAAGACUCACCAACUACUACAGUUUCCUCUGUGUUUAGCACAGAGGAACCUACAACAACAUCACAGGAAACUGUAACAGCGGAGAGUGAAGUCACUGAGCAAACAGAGAGACCAUCAGGCUCGGACAAACCAUCAGUUACCAUCUCUGUCUUACCUUCUACAGAUGACCAGAGCUCAGGUCACCAGACAAGUGAGGGUUUCACCACAGACGCUUCUGCAACAAAAGAUCCUCUCCUGGCUAGCACAGUCCAGCCAAUUGCCUCUGUCCAUUCCACUGAGGCACCAUCAGAGUCUGACGUGGUGGUCCAGUUUGUCACAACAUUUGCCCCCAAACCAGACAUGACAACACCAGAGGAAUCGUUUGAACAGGCCAGGUCGGAGAUAACAUUUACUCAUCAUCCUCAUACUGAUGUCUCUUCUGAGGAAACGGCAAUGCCCACAACCAGUCCCAUGCUGCCUGAGGAAGAUUCAAGCCAGUCUUUUGAAACUAUAACUGCACCUGCACAGAGCUCAGAAUCAACUUUUGUCUCUACUGCUUCUCCAGUGAAGAAUGAUGCUCUACUAUCCACAUCAGAGGCAGAGGAACAAGUUGAAGCUUUAAGCCAGGUACCUACAACGGAGGAGACUAGUGCAGAGGGCAGCUCCGAACAAGAGACUGUGGUUGAAGAGACAAGCAUUCCUUCCAUUGUUUCUCCUCUAACUGAGAAAGUAUUAGAAACUAAAGUGUACAGCACGCCAUCUGCAAUAACAGACAUUGAUGAAAUGGUGGACUAUGAAAGUAUCUCAGAGCCCGUACAGGUUGAAUCUACACCUUCCAUCGUUAUAACCACCACAAAGCCUGAGGUGGAAGUAACAGCGCUCAGCACUGCCCCAACACAGACUGUCCCAACACAGACUGUCCCAACACAGAAGAUUGAGAGUGUGUCAUCAAGUUCAGAGAGCAGUUCAACGAGCAGAUCAGAGGAAGUGUCCAGCCCAUCUGUGACUCAGUCAGUAUUAGCCUCCUACAGCUCAGAAAGCAGUUUGGGGGAAAAGGUGACCAUAGCUUCCACUGUGAAGCCAGAGAGUGACACAACAGAGGAGACCACCUCAUCCCUCUCUGUGACUCAAACAGAACUGGCAGCCGCCGUCACUGGUUCACCCUUUCUCACGACUCCUAGGGCUGAAAUUGAGUCAGCCGGUUCUGAGAGCAGUCCAGAAGAAAAUACAGUUUCUGAGAAGCCAGAGAUUGACACUAUGGAGGAAACCACCCAAUCGUCGGCUGAGAUUCAGACCGGGUUUUUGCCAGGUGUCACCAGUCCACCAUCUCGCCAGUCUCCAGACGCUGGGGCGGAGUCCCUUAGUGUCAUAAGCUCCUCUGAGAAACAGGAAGCACAGGGUGAAAUUGAGGAAGUUGUUACUCCUGCCACUGAGAUGCCAACGAGGGAAAAGCCAGAGUACACAACUGUAUCGCCAGCAGAAACACAGAACCAGACAGAAUCAGUCACUACAAUCCACAGCAUUCCUUCAUCUGUGUCUGAGGAGGAGGAAAUCGUGGACUAUGAUAAUGUAUCAGGAUCUACGUUAGUCGAGGGUGAACCCCCCAUCAAGGGAGUGGAAACUACCACUUCAGCUGAGACCAGACUGGAUUUGGGGCACAUGAUCGUUGGCGAGACAGUUGAAAUUGCAGGCAUCCACUCCUGCGCUGAGAACAUUUGUCUGAAUGGGGGCUCUUGUUACAGAAGCGGAAGUCUCCCCUCUUGCAGCUGUGCCCCUGGCUACAGUGGAGAUCGUUGUGAAACAGAUGUUGAUGAAUGUCAGUCCAACCCCUGUCACAACGGAGGUACCUGCGUUGACGGCCUGAAUUCUUUCACCUGUGUUUGCCUCUCAAGCUACGCUGGAUUCUAUUGUGAAGAAGACACUGAGACGUGUGACUACGGCUGGCACAAGUUCCAGGGCCACUGCUACAAGUACAUCCCCCAGAGGAGGAACUGGGACACAGCGGAGAGAGAGUGCCGGGUACAGGGGUCACACCUCGCCAGCAUCCUCUCCCAUGAUGAGCAGAAGUUUGUCAACCGCCUUGGACAGGACUACCAGUGGAUCGGCCUGAACGAUAAGAUGUACGAGAAUGACUUCUGCUGGACCGACAGCAUGCCCAUGCAAUAUGAGAACUGGCGUCCCAACCAGCCAGACAGUUUCUUCUCAUCUGGAGAGGACUGUGUGGUGAUGAUCUGGCAUGAGGACGGCCAGUGGAAUGACGUGCCCUGCAACUACCAUCUCACCUUCACCUGCAAGAAAGGCACAGUGGCCUGUAACCAGCCCCCUCUGGUACAGAAUGCUCGGACCUUCGGCAGGAAGAGGUCACGCUAUGAGAUCAACGCGCUGGUGAGGUACCAGUGUAGGGACGGCUUCAUCCAGAGGCACGUGCCAACCAUCCGUUGCCGUGAAGACGGCCGAUGGGAUAUCCCCAAAAUCGCCUGCAUGAGUCCAUCAAACUUCCAGAGGGCCUUCUGGAGGAGGCAGAGCUACAGCCUGUUCAGUAGCAACAACUACAAGCGGCGGUCCGACGAGGCGGCGGCCCGACAUCAUCAUCCUCACCAUCGAGGAAGGAGAGAGGGGAGAUCGGUGAUAAGGAGAAGCAGAAGACAAUGAUAGCCAUGGUUACGCUAGGUUAUGUCUACUCAGAACCAGCAGAGCCUACACUGUAGGAACGCAGGACUGUCACUUAUGUGGAUGUUUUUUAAAUCGAAUGAAAAAAUUAGAAGAACAUUUUAAUGAAAAAAGGACUAAAAGAGAAACCCAAAGGAUAUUUACAAUUUUCGUGCAGUUUUGAUGAUGAAAUCUUCGAAUGAUGUGCCUUUUUAAAGAAAUAUUAUUUUAUGAAUAUUCUUAUAAAGGGACACUAUUUUAUAACAAAGCCAAAGUGGAUACCUUCAGCUGUCUACUGGGAAAGUGUACUGGUAAGUACUUUGGACCAAAUAGUGCAUUCAUCCUCAACUAUACGAUUUUCUCAAUUUUAUACAGACUGGAGAGCGUUCAGCUCUUACAUUGGGGAAAAGAUACAGGCAAAUACCAGCUUUUGUGAAAUUAUAGCGCUUAUGUUAUGCAAAAGAAUACAAUUAAUUUGCCGAAUAGUCUGUGCUACACAGGCACUAAUAAUCAAAUGAAUCCACAGUACACAAUCCAUCUCUCAGUUGAGGUCCUCUCAGUUAUCCGGAAAUUACAUUUCAAAGAAAGAGGAUCUAUGCUUGGGUUUAUCACCUCGUCAAUAGAGGUCUUGUUGUUACACAUGAUUACUGUAUGUAUUUUAUACAGAGUUUUUCAUCCAAUACCGAGCUUGGGACUAUCAGAUGACACACGUCAUUGACCAAUCAGAUUUCAGAUCACUGAAAGAAAAACUGAGGGGGGGCAGCUUUGAACAAAUCGCCAGCUCUCUGUCAUCAGCUGCAGUCUUCAUCCCAUCUCAUCCAUAGAUAUAUAAAGAAUAUAUUAUGCGUUGAUAAUGGGUUAAUGUUUGUGCACACCCAUUUAACAUUUUUGCUUUCUAUUGUAUGUUGAGAAACUAGAAAGGAGAAGUAUUAUUUGACUGAGGGCCAAAUGAGUGUCUCUUCCUAAGCCAUAAAGGCCUUAUACAUUGAAGUAAAGCCAUAGACCUGUAAAUUAUUUGGCAGUGUUGAAUGAAACUACAGAAGGGAAAGGAGGGUUAUGGAAUGUAUGUUUUCUAGACAAUAUAACCUGGAAUUCCUUGCUACGUUUACAACAAAUGUGAGGUAUUUUAAUGUUACAAAAACAAUGUUAUAAAAAUCCUUAAAACAUUUUGCUUUGCUUCUGUUCUGCCGGUGGGGGUAACUUUUCUGUAGGUGACUAAAGCUCUUCGCUUCCAUGUGCUGAUUUCUUAGGUCAAUGUAAAACUACUAUUGAGAGAAUGUACUUAGUGAAACACUCCGAAAGACUUGAACAAACACCUUUUUUAACAAAAUAAUUUAUUUUUCAAGCUGCUCUUCCUCUUCUUGCUACGUUAUUGUUUUGUAAGUGAAAUAUUCUGAUGAUGCAAUCACUUGGUCUGACUAGUCUCAAUUCUACAUGUAUUUUACAUGCUUUGCAGGAGACAGCUAACAUCACAGUAUCUGAGUCAAUGUGAUGAAGAUAUUCCUUUACUACACACUACGCUAGAUAGGCCUUAUAAUAUGACAUUUAGGGGUCAACAAUGGACCAAAGUGUAGGGCUUCAAUCAGCUGCAAUUGCCCUGUCCCCGUCACAAUAUUACCAAACACUUUGUACAGAUUUUGUGUUGCACAAUUGAUGACGGUCAUCCAGCAGUUGUUGUCUUGUUUUGUUUGUCUUGUUUUGUUUGUUGUGUUUUAGCAUUAAAGUGCACAUAAUAACGUUUUAUAUUUACAGUAUAACUUUUUAUUUUACAAUGUGAAAGUCUGGGAUGUUUGUGAAAGAAAUGUUUAAAGAAAACAAGACUGUUUUACCUGCUCUCAGUCACCAAAGAAAUAAAAACAAAAGUUUGUCGAUUUUA